AUGGUGAAAACUUCGGAUGCUGUGAUUUACAAAACGGAUAUGACUAGUGAGAUGCAAGAACAGGCCGUGGUGCUGACGAAUCGCGCAAUCACUGUGUACGCCACUGACGCGGAUGUGGUCGCCUAUUUGACAGACGAGUUCGACAAACGAUACAAGCCCACGUGGCAUUGUGUGAUGGGAACACAAUUUACCAGGGUCCGACGCGAAACUCGAUUUGCCGGAUUCCCAGCAGCCUCGUCAUUUGCCUCAUUCGGACCAGUUUCGGGUUCGACGGAACUAUUAGAACCGUCAAAGUUGGGCCAAUAG